UGCCAUGGCAACAGGCGCAGCGUGUCCGCUGCUCGGUGUGACAGAAUGGAGGCGAAGAUGGAGGAGAACCCCGCCAAAGACGCCGAGACUGGCAAUGAAGCUGGAGGAGAGGAAGCCUUGGUUGGCAAUGUCAACAAGCUCACGGUGAGCCCGCCAGGCUACUCAGGUGCUCCAAGAAAAGGACAUCUGGUUUUUGACGCUUGUUUCGAGAGUGGGAACCUCGGCCGCGUCGACUACAUCAGCGAAUUCGAGUUCGACCUCUUCAUUCGGCCCGACACCUGCAACCCUCGAUUCCGAGUCUGGUUCAACUUCACGGUGGAGAAUGUCCGCGAGACGCAGAGGGUCAUUUUCAACGUGGUCAACUUCUCCAAGACCAAGAGCCUCUACAGAGACGGCAUGUCUCCGGUGGUCAAGUCCACCAGCAGACCAAAAUGGCAGAGACUCCCCGCCAAGAACGUCUACUACUACCGCUGCCCGGACCACCGCCGCAACUACGUCAUGUCCUUCGCCUUCUGCUUCGACCGAGAGGACGACGUGUACCAGUUCGCCUACUGCUACCCCUACACCUACUCCCGGCUGCAGCACUAUCUGGCCGGCCUGGAGCGCAGGAACCUUCCCUACCUGCAGAGGGAGCAGCUGGGACUCAGCGUGCAACAACGCCAUCUGGACUUGUUGACCAUCACAAGCCGUGACCAGCUGAGUCCAGAAAGAGAGAAGAAGCUCGUGAUCCUCACAGCUCGUGUUCACCCUGGAGAGUCUCCUGCCUCUUUUGUCUGUCAAGGUUUGAUUGACUUCCUGGUGAGCCAGCAUCCUGUAGCUCAGAUCCUAAGAGAUUAUGUGAUCUUCAAAAUCGUCCCCAUGCUGAAUCCUGACGGUGUUUAUCUGGGCAACUACAGAUGUUCACUGAUGGGCUUCGACCUCAAUCGCCACUGGCAGGACCCCUCUCCGUGGGCCCACCCCACGCUGCACGCUGUCAAGCAGCUGAUCAUACAGAUGAGCCAAGACCCUAGCGCCAACUUGGAGUUCUACAUCGACGUCCACGCCCACUCCACCAUGCUGAACGGCUUCAUGUACGGCAACGUUUUCGAGGACGAGGAGCGCGUCCAAAGGCAGGCCGUCUUCCCCCGACUGCUGUGCAACAACGCCGCCGACUUCUCCUUCUCCAACACGUCCUUCAACCGCGACGUGGUGAAGGCCGGCACCGGCAGACGAUUCCUGGGCGGUCUCCUUGACGACACGUCGUACUGCUACACCCUGGAGGUGUCCUUCUACAGCUACAUGACCCCCGCCAGCGCCGCGCCCGUGGCCUACACCGAGGAGACGUACAUGAAACUGGGCAUGAAUGUGGCUCGGACCUUCCUGGACUACUACAAGCUCAAUAACCUCCUCACAGACAACACGCCAAGUCAUAUCCAAAGCUGUGAGGCGCCGUCUCAGGCAGGCGGAGAUGUAGCGGACAAAGAGAUGGAGAGGGAGCCACAAUGUCAAGCACUGAUGGACUGAAAACCACGAGGAGCAUUAUCUUUUCUUUCAGAAACACCGAUUAUGCAGUACAAUUGCACAAUUUCCAUUAAGUCGUUAUUUACCACAACGUUAGUUUACAUUAUUGUAUAUUAAUGCAUGCCUUCCAUAAGUAAAUGCGUUAUUUUUGUCACAGUGUUGUCGUGGUAUUUAAAUAAUUGCAGCAUUCAUAUGGAAAAAGCCAUAAUUGUGUAGGCCUUGUAAAAUAAUGCAAAUAAUGCACAUUGUUUGUUAUAUUGGGCAAAGCUAUUAAUUUAAAUUGUGCAAAGCACAUGUAUUUAUUAUUUUGGCAUGUAUCACUCCAAAAAUUAUUGUUAUCUCGUUAUUUCUGCAUUGUGGAUGCUAUUCACAUGUGUAUUUGUAUUAACCUCUUAAGGCCCAAGCUGUUUGUUUACAAGCUUUUUUUUUUAUUUCUCUUUGCUAUUUGGGCUUAUUGGACCCUAAUUAGAAUAAAAACUAAGAAUCAUCUUUUUAUAUGAUGUACUUAGUCCAUAAGUACACAAACGUGUACUUCAUGUAUAGUGACAUGCGAAUUCUUAUUUUUACACUUUUUUUUUCUGAAUUCCAUUGUAUGUUAUACUCUUCUGACACCACCAGAUGGCAGUAUAAGUGUCCACAUAAGCGGCCAUAAGACCCCAAUUCACUAGUGUACACAAUUUUGGAAAUAAGAGCUAAAAGGUGUUGUCCACGCAUGUGGCCACUAAACCUUUAGAGGUUUUAAUGUAUUUUAUGAUUGUUUUAUGACUGACUUGGACUGGAAAACAUUUGCCGUGACGUCACGUUGGAGACGGCCUAUUAAUGCAUUUACUUCCAUAAGUAAAUGCGUUAUUUUUGUCAUAGUGUUAUUGUGGUAUUUAAAUAAUUGCAGCAUUCAUAUGGAAAAGUCCAUAAUUGUGUAGGUUUUGUAAAAUAAUGCAAAUAAUGCACAUCGUUUGUUGUAUUGGGCCAAGCUAUUAAUGUAAAUUGUGCAAAGCAAAUGUAUUUAUUAUUUUGGCAUGUAUCACUCCAAUAAUUAUUAUCUUGUUAUUUCUGCAUUGUAGAUGCUAUUGUAUGAAUUAACCUCUUAAGGCCCAAGCUGUUUGUUUACAUGUUUUUUUUUUUUAUGUCUCUUUGCUAUUUGGCUUAUUGGACCCUAAUU